UCUUCUAAUGCCGUACGUUGUAUUACAAGGCGGACAGAAUAGCAAGCAACAACCUGUUGUUUUGUUAUGCUUCCCUCAAUAUCUGACAGUUUCUACCAAUAGAAAGUAUUUUUUUUAAUUUAAGUACAAAGUUUUAAUACAAAUCUCAACACAGUUUUAAGAAAAAUUUUAGAACGAAGUUUAACUCUAACACAAAUUUUAAAACGAACUUUAACCCAAAUUUUAGCACACAUUUUGAUACGAAUUUUAAUACAAAUUUUGAAACAAAUUUUGAUACAAAUUUUGAUACAAAGUUUAACCCAAAUUUGAAUACAAAUUUGAAUACAAAUAUCAAUACGAAUUUCAAUACAAAUUUUAAUACAAUUGAAUCCACUGCUUAAAUAAAUUUCUCGUUGUUUAACCCAUUCUUUUUUUAAUCGACGUUGAACACAUGCCGACAAAUUUUACUAUUCUCAUUUUUUUCUUACGCUGGAUAACCUAAACUCCGAUUUAAAAAAACAUAAAACCUUGAACCCUCUCUCACACGCAAACUUCUUCUUUUUUUUGCACAUAAUAAUUUGCAAAAUAACUCACACACGCUAAAAAAAACUUGGCAGGUUACGAUACUUAAAUUGCGAUCCUUUCCAUAUCCAUUUACUCACUUGUUUGGGCACGCAUAUUAUUAUGAACCAUGAACUUUGGAAGGAUGCCAAAUUAAAAUUUGCGUCGCUUCAUUCCUCGAAAAAUAAAAAUCUGUUCGUAAAUAGUUCGCAGUUUUGCAGAUAAAAUAAACGGAAUAAAAGUGACUGCUCAAAAGUUGGGAGCAUUUCACUACUAAAAAUGGACAUGGAGACAAAAUCGCUCCGCUUACAGUUUUCGAAGGGGAAGGUGGAGCAGGAGUACAACCUGGAGCUGGACCUGCCCGAUAAGGUAGAGCUUAUCCAACUCUUGGAGCUCCCUCCGCACUACAUCCUUUCAAAAAAUGAUGUCACUUUCUCCACCGGACUUUUCGGACAGAUGCCACACGCCAUAAAACUGAUAAUCUCCCGCGACUAUCAAGACCUCUACAUGGGUCUAUUUAUCAAAAUCGGGGAAAAAUCCGACCAACAAGUUCAAAUCACCGAGGUCAAAGGUAUCUUCCAAUCCCUCUCCGAACCCCAAUUCGGUCCCCCGUCGUCCCCCUCCACCUCCUGUCUCACCGUCGAAACCCCCACCGUCCUCGUCGCCUCUGCUGUCGACAACAACGCUGACGACGACGACGUAGACUUAUCCGUACCCGAUGACGACCCCGACCUUGAUAACCAACACCACCACGUGCACAUGUGGAACUACCAGCCCCCCGCCGCCCCCGUGCAUCACCAGUACCCCGUCAGAGUGCACAACAUGGCCCCCACGUGGGUCAACCAUGGCUCCAUCAUGCACAACAACAAUGGGGGGUACAGCCCCCACCACCACCAUCAUCAUCCCCACGCCCACGCCCUGUCCAGGUCGUCGUCCAACCUGUCAAAUCGUCCGGCGUCGUCGUCGUCAUCCUCGUCACCAGAUAAGAAGAAGAAAGGAAUGCUUUUUUCCUUUCAGAAACAGAGCCCGGAAAUGAGAUUGGAUGAAAUGAAGCAGUUUCAAUACUAUCGGUCGUACAGUCAAACCUGGCCGGUGAAAGGGUCAAGGGUCAAGCUCACCAUGAAAGUCGUGGGAAUCAAGUAUUCUGCCAUCGUUGACGAUGACGAGAUGAUCAACCCGGACCUGAAAAUGGGGACGAGCAUGUUUAACGCGGAGCCCUUUUUCAUGUCCGAGUACUGCUCAGAUGUCAAGCUCAAAAUCGGCUCCACCUUCAUCCCAGGACAUAAAAUCGUCUUGUCAGCCCGGAGUGACUUUUUCAACCGGAUGUUCUCGAACCCGAUGCGAGAAACGGCGCAGGGCAUCGUCGAAUUGGAAGACGACGAGUCUCACUUUAUCGAAAUCCUCCGCUUCAUUUACCUCGGCCGCGUGGAGAACAUUGGCGACCACGUGCACGACCUCUUCGUCCUCGCCGACAAGUACCAAAUCCAGGACUUGAGCGUCUACGCGGAAAAAUACCUCCUCAGCAAGUUGUCCGUCGAAAACGUCAUCGAAAUGUUUGAUCUCAGCCAUAGCGUCGGAAAACAAGGACUUUUAGCCAAACGGUCAAAGGAACUUAUCAUGUGGAACAAGGAAAAAUUCGCCCCGGAUUUGGACACUUUCAAAGAAUUCUUCAACAAGUAUCCAGAACUCAUUUUUGAAAUUUUAAAAUUAUAAAGACACAAAUUUAGCCAAAACAUUAGCCCAAAAACCAUUUGUUACAUUGGCCUUCGGUCACUUUACAUAAUUUCUGCUGCAUAACUACCAUUUUACAUAAUGGCCAUUUUACAUAGUUAUCAAUUAUGUAAAUCCAGAUUUUGCACAAUUAUAUAUUGCAUAAUUAUAGAUUUACCAAUGUGAGAUGGUUAUGCUCUCAGAAAUCCAGCAUUAAAAUACUACCAAGCGGUAUUCACUAAAAUGACUCUACGCUACCUAGGUAUUAAUAGUAGUGAUUACAGAAUAGUAAUACGUUGUAGUAAUAGCUCCGUAUUAAAGUCUUACUAUAUAGGUUGCAAAUUUUUACGGUUCGAUACAAUUUUAAUAUGAAGUGGUACUUUAAUACGGUGUACCUCCCUCGCCUCGUACAACUCUACUGUACUUCUGUGUAAAAAAUAACUCGAAGGGUUCCAUUGACUGCUAAACUUGCAACAGACGGUAUUGAGAAUGUAGUGCUCGGCUAACUAUAUGGCAAGAAAUACAAUUUUAAAGGUGCGUUACCACACCACCUCCUAACCCUGAAAAGGAAGUUUGCAGAAAUUACGAAAUUAGAAUCUUUUCUCUGCAGAUUUAGAAUUGUUUAUUUCGAAUUAAGUAUUAUUUUUCAGGAAGUUUCCCCAUGUCCAAUUUCAUCUUAAUCUUUAUUUGGAAACAAUUAUCCAAUACAUAUUUAUGUGAUAAGGCUUAUUAUGUAAAAUGACUUUUAUGCAAUAAAAAUUAGGCAAUAUGACCGUUAUGCAAAAGUACGUUAUGUAAAUUGACCUAGGACCGUUACAUUUGUAUAAAAAUCACGCCACUAAAAAUAAAUUUUAUGUGUAAAUGACCAUUUACUACA